CCCCGCCGGCCCCCGCGCGCCGCGAGCGCGCUCCCGCGCCGAUGUGUGUGAGUGCGUGUCCUGCUCGCUCCCCGCGGCCGCCUCUCCCGGUACCUGCUGCUGCUCCCGGGGCUGCGGGAAAUGCGAGAGGCUGAGCCGGGGAGGAGGAACCCGAGCAGCAGCGGCGGCGGCGGCGGCCGCGGCGGCGGGAGGAGCCCCCCAGGAGGAGGACCGGGACCCAUGUGUCUUUCCUGGUGACUAGGAUGUCGUCGGAGGAGGACCGGAGCGCGGAGCAGCCGCAGCCGCCGCCACCACCCCCCGAGGAGCCCGGAGCCCCGGCCCCGAGCCCCGCAGCCGCAGACAAAAGACCUCGGGGCCGGCCUCGCAAAGAUGGCGCUUCCCCUUUCCAGAGAGCCAGAAAGAAGCCUCGAAGUAGAGGAAAAACUACGGUGGAUGAUGAAGAUAGCAUGGACGGGCUGGAGACAACAGAAGCAGAAAAUAUCGUGGAAACAGAAGUCAAAGAACAGUCUGCAGAAGAGGAUGCCGAAGCAGAAGUGGAUAGCAGCAAGCAGCCAGCCUCAGCUCUUCAGCGAUCCGUGUCUGAGGACUCUGCAAAUUCCCUCGUCUCUGUUGGUGUAGAAGCCAAAAUCAGUGAACAACUCUGUGCUUUUUGUUAUUGUGGGGAAAAAAGUUCCUUAGGACAAGGAGAUUUAAAGCAAUUCAGAGUAACACCUGGAUUUAUCUUGCCAUGGAAAAACCAGACUUCCAACAGGGACAUUGAUGACAACAGCAGUGGGACCUAUGAGAAAAUACAAAAUUCAGCUCCACGUCGGCAGAGAGGACCGAGAAAAGAGCGAUCUUCUCCUCAGAGUACAGUGUCUUGUGUAAGUGUAAGCACCCAGACAGCUUCAGAUGAUCAGGCCGGUAAAUUGUGGGAUGAACUCAGUCUGGUUGGCCUUCCAGAUGCCAUUGAUGUCCAAGCCUUAUUUGAUCCUACAGGCACUUGUUGGGCUCAUCGUCGUUGUGUGGAGUGGUCGCUGGGAGUGUGCCAGGUGGAAGAACCAUUGUUAGUGAAUGUGGACAAAGCUGUUGUCUCAGGGAGCACAGAACGAUGUGCAUUUUGUAAGCACCUUGGAGCCAGUAUCAAAUGCUGUGAAGAGAAAUGUACCCAGAUGUACCAUUAUCCCUGUGCUGCAGGAGCCGGCACCUUUCAGGACUUUAGCCACUUUUUCCUUCUUUGUCCAGAACACAUUGACCAAGCUCCUGAAAGAUCAAAGGAAGAUGCAAACUGUGCAGUGUGCGACAGCCCGGGAGACCUCUUAGAUCAGUUCUUUUGUACCACUUGUGGUCAGCACUAUCAUGGAAUGUGCCUGGAUAUAGCGGUUACUCCAUUAAAACGUGCAGGUUGGCAAUGUCCUGAGUGCAAAGUGUGCCAGAACUGCAAACAAUCGGGAGAAGAUAGCAAGAUGCUAGUGUGUGAUACGUGUGACAAAGGGUAUCAUACUUUUUGUCUUCAACCAGUUAUGAAAUCAGUACCAACCAAUGGCUGGAAAUGCAAAAAUUGCAGAAUAUGUGUAGAGUGUGGCACACGAUCUAGUUCUCAGUGGCAUCACAAUUGCCUGAUAUGUGACACUUGUUACCAACAGCAGGAUAAUUUAUGUCCUUUCUGUGGAAAGUGCUACAAUCCAGAAUUGCAGAAAGACAUGCUCCAUUGUAAUAUAUGCAAGAGAUGGGUUCACUUAGAAUGUGACAAGCCAACAGAACAUGAACUGGACUCUCAGCUCAAAGAAGAGUAUAUCUGCAUGUAUUGUAAACACUUAGAAGCUGAGAUGGAUCCCUUACAGCCAGGAGAUGGAGCAGAGAUGGCAGAACUCACUUCAGAUUAUAACAAUGAAAUGGAAAUCGAAGGGUCCGAAGAUCACCAGAUGGUAUUUCUGGAGCAAGCAGUUGAUAAAGAUGUCACUGAUCAGGAAUCCACACCUGGAAUUGUUCCAGAUGUUCAAGUCCACACUGAAGAGCAGCAGAAAAAUAAUCCUCCAGAAAGUCUUGAUACAGAUGAUCUUCUCAUUUCGGAGUCAUCCCACAAUAAAAUGAAUGCUGAAUUGGAAAAUGAGAUUUCUCAUGAAAUUGGUGGUGAAAAAUUGGAAAUGCCAUCCAAAGUGAUGCAUAUUCAAGAUGAAGAUCAAAGUGAAGAAAAAAUGGAAGUGACAGAGAACAAUGAAGUUCUCCCACACCAGACCAUUGUGCAGCAAAAGGAGCUGCCAUUGUUAGAGGAAUCUAAGAUGGUGGAGUCCAAAGAAGAACCAAGGCUUCCAAACUCAGUCAUUGAAUCUAUCACCRGUCCACGAGAAGCCUUAGUGUCCUCAAGCAAGGAAAGUACUUCAUUGAAUUCUAAGGAACAGUUGGUUAUAGAAAGGUUACAAGAAAAAAUAGAACAGAAAGAAAAUCCUGAAUUUACCCCUGGGUUUAUGGACUUUGAAAUGACUCCUGCAGUGGAGAGUUGUAUCAGAGAGGGUUCAUGUCAAGGUGACAAAUCUGUGAAGUUAUCAACUGAGACUGUGGCAGCAUUUUCAUCAUCAGCAGGAACAAGCAAGGCAAGCUUGUCUUCCUCUCCAGCCCUUGCUUCAGACUUGCCUUCUCAUGCCAUGCUGCAUGGGUACCCACCGACCCUCAGUUCCUCUGCUGGAAAUAUCAUGCCAACAACGUACAUCUCAGUCACUCCCAAAAUUGGCAUGGGUAAACCAGCUAUUACCAAAAGAAAGUUUUCUCCUGGUAGACCCAGAUCCAAACAGGGGGCUUGGAGUACCCAUAAUACAGUGAGCCCACCUUCCUGGUCCCCAGACAUUUCAGAAGGUCGGGAAAUUUUUAAACCCAGGCAGCUUCCUGGCAGUGCCAUUUGGAGCAUCAAAGUGGGCCGGGGCUCUGGAUUCCCAGGCAAGCGGAGGCCUCGCGGUGCAGGCCUGUCAGGACGAGGUGGCAGAGGCAGGUCCAAAUUAAAAGGUGGACUCGGAGCUGUUGUUCUACCUGGGGUGUCUACUGCAGAUAUUUCAUCAAAUAAGGAUGAAGAAGAAAACUCUAUGCACAAUACAGUUGUGUUGUUUUCUAGUAGUGACAAGUUCACUUUGCAUCAGGAUAUGUGUGUGGUUUGUGGCAGUUUUGGUCAAGGAGCAGAAGGACGACUACUUGCUUGUUCUCAGUGUGGUCAGUGUUAUCAUCCAUACUGUGUCAGUAUUAAGAUCACUAAAGUGGUUCUCAGCAAAGGCUGGAGGUGUCUGGAAUGUACUGUGUGUGAGGCCUGUGGGAAGGCGACUGACCCAGGAAGACUCCUGCUGUGUGAUGACUGUGACAUAAGUUACCAUACCUACUGCCUGGACCCACCUUUGCAAACAGUUCCUAAAGGAGGCUGGAAGUGCAAAUGGUGUGUUUGGUGCAGACACUGUGGAGCUACAUCUGCAGGUCUGAGAUGUGAAUGGCAGAACAAUUACACACAGUGUGCCCCCUGUGCCAGCUUGUCUUCCUGCCCAGUCUGCUAUCGAAACUACAGAGAAGAAGACCUUAUUCUGCAGUGCAGACAAUGUGAUAGAUGGAUGCACGCAGUUUGUCAAAACUUAAAUACUGAAGAGGAAGUGGAAAAUGUAGCAGACAUUGGUUUUGAUUGUAGCAUGUGCAGACCCUAUAUGCCUGCAUCAAAUGUGCCUUCCUCAGACUGCUGCGAAUCUUCACUGGUAGCACAAAUUGUCACAAAAGUAAAAGAGCUAGAUCCACCUAAGACCUACACCCAGGAUGGUGUGUGUUUGACUGAAUCAGGGAUGACUCAGUUACAGAGCCUCACAGUUACAGUUCCAAGAAGAAAACGGUCAAAACCAAAAUUGAAAUUGAAGAUUAUAAAUCAGAAUAGUGUGGCUGUUCUUCAGACCCCUCCAGACAUCCAGUCAGAGCAUUCAAGGGAUGGUGAAAUGGAUGAUAGUCGAGAAGGAGAACUUAUGGAUUGUGAUGGAAAAUCAGAAUCUAGUCCUGAGCGAGAAGCUGUGGAUGACGAAGCAAAGGGAGUAGAAGGAACAGAUGGUGUCAAAAAGAGAAAAAGGAAGCCAUACAGACCAGGCAUUGGUGGAUUCAUGGUGCGGCAAAGAAGUCGAACUGGGCAAGGAAAAACCAAAAGAUCCGUGAUCAGAAAAGAUUCCUCAGGCUCUAUUUCUGAGCAGUUACCUAGCAGAGAUGAUGGCUGGAGUGAGCAGUUACCAGAUGCCCUACUUGAUGAAUCUGUUUCUGUUGCUGAAAGCACUGAAAAAAUAAAGAAGAGAUACCGAAAAAGGAAAAAUAAGCUUGAAGAAACAUUCCCUGCCUACUUACAAGAAGCUUUCUUUGGAAAAGAUCUUCUGGAUACAAGUAGACAAAACAAGCUGAGUUUAGAUAAUCUAGCAGAAGAUGCAGCUCAGCUUUCCUAUAAAACAAACAUGAACACAGGUUUCUUGGAUCCUUCCUUAGAUCCACUACUUAGUUCGUCCUCAGCUCCAUCAAAACCUGGAACUCAGGGUUCUGCUGAUGACCCUCUAGCUGAUAUCUCUGAAGUCUUAAACACAGACGAUGACAUUCUUGGAAUGAUCUCAGAUGACCUAGCAAAGUCGGUUGAUCGUUCAGGUCUUGAUUUAUGCACUUUCCAGGUUGACAGCUCACCUUUUCCAUUUGAUAUUGGUCCUAUUGCUGAUGAUCCUUCCUCUUUGCCUCAGCCAAGCAUUGGUCAGAGUUCACGACCGUUAAGUGAGGAGCAGCUAGAUGGAAUCCUCAGUCCUGAGCUAGACAAAAUGGUCACAGAUGGAGCAAUUCUUGGGAAGUUAUAUAAAAUUCCAGAGCUGGGAGGAAAGGAUGUUGAGGACUUGUUCACUGCGGUACUUAGCCCCGUGACCACUCAGCCAGCUCCAUUACCACAGCCUCCCCCUGCACCACAGCUCUUGCCAGUACACAAUCAGGAUGUGUUUUCACGGAUGCCACUCGUGAAUGGCCUUAUUGGACCCAGUUCUCAUCUCCCACACAGUUCUUUGCCUCCUGGAAGUGGAUUGGGAACUUUCUCUGCUAUAGCACAAUCCCCUUAUGCUGAUGCCAGGGAUAAAAAUCCAGCAUUUAAUCCAAUAGCAAGUGAUCCUAACAGCUCUUGGACCCCAUCAGCUCCCCCUGUGGAGGGAGAAAAUGACACAAUGUCGAAUGCCCAGAGGAGUACACUUAAGUGGGAGAAAGAGGAAGCUCUGGGUGAAAUGGCAACAGUGGCACCAGUUCUCUACACAAAUAUUAACUUCCCCAAUUUAAAGGAAGAAUUCCCUGACUGGACUACUCGAGUGAAGCAAAUUGCUAAGUUGUGGAGAAAAGCAAGCUCUCAGGAGAGAGCUCCAUAUGUGCAAAAAGCCAGAGAUAACAGAGCUGCUUUACGUAUUAAUAAAGUCCAGAUGUCUAAUGAUUCCAUGAAAAGGCAGCAGCAGCAAGAUUGCAUCGAUCCCAGCUCUCGCAUCGAUUCAGAUCUUUUUAAAGAUCCAUUAAAACAAAGAGAAUCAGAACAUGAACAGGAAUGGAAAUUUAGACAGCAAAUGCGUCAGAAAAGUAAGCAGCAAGCUAAGAUCGAAGCCACACAAAAAUUGGAACAAGUUAAAAAUGAGCAGCAGCAGCAGCAGCAGCAGCAGCAGCAGCAGCAGCAACAGCAGCAGCUUAGUUCCCAGCACCUUCUGGUGCCAUCUGGGUCUGAUACUCCAAGCAGUGGGGUCCAAAGUCCCUUGACACCUCAGCCUGGCAAUGGAAACAUGUCUCCUGCACAGGCAUUCCAUAAAGACCUGUUCUCAAAACAGCUGCCUGGUAUCCCUGCUUCCACACCUUCAGAUGAUGUGUUUGUCAAGCCACAAGCUCCACCCCCUCCUCCAGCCCCAUCUCGGGUACCCAUUCAGGAGAGUCUUUCUCAGUCUCAGACUUCUCAGCCACCUUCUCCACAAAUGUUUUCUCCUGGGUCUUCUAGCUCCCGACCACCAUCUCCAUUGGAUCCUUAUGCAAAAAUGGUUGGUACCCCUAGACCCCCUCCUGGGGGCCAUAGCUUUCCCAGAAGAAAUUCUGUCACACCGGUGGAAAACUCUGUGCCUUUAUCAUCCGUACCAAGGCCCAUUCAGAUGAGUGAGACCACAGCCAGUAGGCCACCCCCAGCCAGAGAUCUGUGUUCUUCCUCUACAACAAUUAGUGACCCCUAUGCAAAACCUCCAGACACCCCUAGGCCUUUAAUGACAGAUCAGUUUCCCAAACCUUUGGGCCCAUCCCGGUCUCCUGUAGUUUCAGAACAAACUGCAAGAGGUCCUCCAGCAGGUGGAACCAGUGAUCACUUUACUAAACCCUCCCCUAGGGCGGAUACGUUUCAAAGACCACGGGUACCUGACCCGUAUGCACGACCUUUGCUGACACCGACACCGCUUGAUAGUGGUCCUGGACCUUUUAAGACUCCACUGCACCCUCCUCCAUCCUCUCAGGAUCCUUAUGGGUCAGUGUCCCAGGCAUCAAGGCGACUGUCUGUCGACCCUUAUGAAAGGCCUGCCUUGACACCAAGACCUGUAGAUAAUUUUUCUCAUAGUCAGUCAAAUGAUCCAUAUAGCCAGCCUCCCUUAACUCCACAUCCAGCAGUGAAUGAAUCUUUUCCCCAUUCUUCAAGGGCUUUUUCUCAGCCUGGAACCAUAUCAAGGUCAGCAUCUCAGGACCUGUAUUCCCAGUCCCCAGGAACUCCACGACCUGUAGAUUCUUAUUCCCAACCCUCAGGAACUGCUCGGUCCAAUGCAGACCCUUAUUCUCAACCUCCUGGAACUCCUCGGCCUACCACCAUUGACCCAUAUACUCAGCAGCCACCAACCCCCAGGCCAUCUGCACAGACAGAAGUGUUUGUUGCACCUGCAGCUAAUCAAAGGCACUCUGAUCCGUAUACUCAUCCUCCUGGAACACCAAGACCUGGAAUUUCUGUUCCCUACUCUCAGCCACCAGCAACACCAAGACCAAGGACUUCAGAGGGUUUUACUAGGUCCUCAGGUACAAGACCAGCCCUCAUAUCAAAUCAGGAUCCUUUCCUGCAAGCAGCACAACACAGAGCACCAGCCUUACCUGGCCCUUUGGUAAGGCCACCUGAUACAUGUUCCCAAACACCUAGGCCACCUGGACCUGGCCUUGCAGACUCAUUCAGCCGUGUUUCCCCAUCUGCUGUUCGAGAUCCCUAUGAUCAACCUCCGAUGACUCCAAGGCCUCAGUCUGACUCUUUUGGAACUGGUCAAGUUACUCGUGAUGUUGCUGACCAGCCGGGGCCUGGGUCAGAGGGAAGCUUCAGCACAUCUGUAGACUCUCCCAUGAGUUCCCAAGGCCAGCAGUUCUCUGGUGUCUCCCAGGUUGCUGGACCUGCACCAACUUCUGGGGGAACUGACACACAGAACACUGUAAAUAUGUCUCAAGCAGAUGCAGAGAAGCUGAGACAGCGGCAGAAACUGCGUGAAAUCAUCCUGCAGCAGCAGCAGCAAAAGAAGAUUGCUAGUCGACAGGAGAAGGGGCCUCAGGAUGCACCUGGAGUGCCUGCCCCGGUGCCCCUUCCUCACUGGCAACCAGAGAGUAUCAACCAGGCUUUCACUCGGCCUCCACCCCCUUAUCCUGGGAACAUUCGAUCACCUGUUGUCCCUCCUGUCGGACCUAGAUAUGCUAUUUUCCCCAAAGAUCAGCGUGCGCCCUAUCCUCCUGAUGUUCCUGGUAUGGGGAUGAGGCCACAUGGAUUUAGAUUUGGAUUUCCAGGAGGGAGUCAUGGUACCGUAUCCAGUCAGGACCGAUUCCUAGUGCCUCCUUCACAAAUAGCAGGAGCUGGAGUUCCUCCACAUCUGAGAAGAUCAAUGUCUGUAGAAAUGGCUGGACCUUUAAAUAACUCGCAGAUGAAUAAUCCGGUUGGACUUCCUCAGCAUUUUCCACCACAGAACCUGCCAGUUCAGCAGCAUAAUAUACUGGGCCAGGCAUUUAUUGAAUUGAGGCAUAGGGCCCCAGAUGGAAGACCACGACUGCCCUUCCCUGCUUCUGGCAAUGUUAUAGAGCCACCUUCUCAUCCCAGACAUGGAAACUUCAUUCCUCGUCCAGACUUCCCAGGCCCAAGACACACAGACUCCAUGAGACGACCUCCCCAGGGUCUACCUCAUCAGCUCCCUGUGCAUCCAGAUUUGGAGCCAGUGCCUCCACCUCAGCAGGAACAGGGCCACCCUGCCCAUCCGUCUUCUGUGGUCAUGAGACCUCUGGGUCAUUCCUUGGGUGGAGGGUAUUCUGAGGCUCCCUUGACAGCAACUGUGACAGCUGAAAGAGCAUCUGGUAAUGUACAGAUGGCCAGUCGGUCUUCUGAUGGUUUGGAGGAAAAACUUGAUUCUGAUGACCCUUCUGUGAAAGAACUGGAUGUUAAAGACCUUGAGGGGGUUGAAGUCAAAGAUUUGGAUGAUGAAGAUCUUGAAAAUUUAAAUUUAGAUCCAGAGGAUGCCAAAGGAGAUGAAUUGGAUACUUUAGAUAAUUUGGAAACUAAUGAUCCCAACCUGGAUGAUCUCUUAAGGUCAGGAGAGUUUGAUAUCAUUGCAUACACAGAUCCAGAACUUGACCUAGGAGAUAAGAAGAGUAUGUUUAAUGAGGAACUAGACCUUAAUGUUCCAAUUGAUGAUAAAUUAGAUAAUCAGUGUGUAUCUGAACCAAAAAAAAAGGAGCAAGAAGACAAAGCUGUGGUUCUUUCUGACAACCAUUUGCCACAGAAAAAAUCCAUUGUCACCAAUGAGAUAAAAACAGAAGUCCUAUCUCCAAAUUCUAAAGAGGAAACCAAAUGUGAAACUGAGCAAAGCGAUGAGGCUAAAGAUGCUCUGGUUACUCCCAGCCCCCAAGCUUCUGCUCACACAGACCUGAAUGAUGGGGAAAAGAAUCCUUUGCCAUCUUCUGAUUCAGACCUACUUGAGAAAAGAAGUAAUCAAGAAACUGCUGGCUCCAGUGCAAGUGUUAUCCAAGGAUCUGCGUCACUGCCAGCUCAAGAUGUGGUGAACUCUUGUGACAUCACUGGAUCAACUCCAGUUCUCUCAAGUUUGCUUGCUCAUGAAAAAUCUGAUAAUUUGGACAUGAGGUCUUUGGGGUCUCCCCCACCAACGCUGCCAGCCUCACCCUCCAGUCGUGUGUCGAGCCUGCCUCCUACUUUAGUGGCACCACCUGGCCCUGUUCUGGAUAAUGCUGUGAAUUCUAAUGUGACUGUGGUCUCCAGGGUGAACCAUGCUUUUCCUCAGGGGGUACAGGUAAAUCCAGGAUUUAUUCCAGGUCAGUCAUCAGUUAACCACAAUUUGGGGACAGGAAAACCUGCAAAUCAGACUGUGCCUCUCACAAGUCAGUCUGGUCCCAGUGGCAUAUCAGGACCCCAGCAGCUUAUGAUUCCUCAAACAUUAGCCCAGCAGAAUAGAGAGAGGCCCCUCCUCCUUGAAGAGCAGCCCCUGCUUCUACAAGAUCUUCUGGAUCAGGAGCGGCAAGAACAGCAGCAGCAAAGACAGAUGCAAGCCAUGAUUCGGCAGCGCUCAGAACCAUUCUUUCCUAAUAUUGAUUUCGAUGCAAUUACAGAUCCUAUAAUGAAAGCCAAAAUGGUGGCCCUCAAAGGCAUAAACAAAGUGAUGGCACAGAGCACUCUAGGCAUGCCACCAAUGGUGAUGAGCAGGUUCCCCUUCAUGGGCCCACCAGUGGCUGGAGCACAGGGCAGUGAAGGACAGAACCUGGUUCCUCAGGCUGUUGCCCAGGAUGGCAGUAUAACACAUCAGAUUUCUAGGCCUAAUCCUCCAAAUUUUGGUCCAGGCUUUGUCAAUGACUCACAACGUAAACAGUAUGAAGAAUGGCUUCAGGAGACCCAGCAGCUUCUUCAGAUGCAGCAGAAGUAUCUUGAAGAACAAAUUGGUGCACAUAGAAAAUCUAAGAAGGCCCUUUCAGCUAAACAGCGCACUGCCAAGAAGGCAGGGCGAGAAUUCCCAGAAGAGGAUGCAGAGCAGCUCAAGCACGUUACUGAGCAGCAAAGCAUGGUUCAGAAGCAGCUGGAGCAGAUUCGUAAACAACAGAAAGAGCAUGCUGAGUUGAUUGAAGAUUAUCGGAUCAAACAGCAGCAGCAGCAGCAGUGUGCACUGGGACCCCCCAUCCUAAUGCCUGGUGUCCAGCCCCAACCACCCCUGGUUCCAGGCGCCACUCCACCCACCAUGAGCCAACCUAACUUCCCCAUAGUGCCGCAGCAGCUGCAGCACCAGCAGCACACAGCGGUCAUCCCUGGCCACGCUAGCCCUGCUCGAAUGCCCAGUUUACCUGGCUGGCAACCUACCAAUGCUCCUGCUCACCUGCCCCUUAAUCCUCCUCGGAUUCAGCCCCCAAUUGCCCAAAUACCAAUGAAACCUUGCACAUCAGCCCCAGGUACAGUGUCCAAUGCAAACCCACAGAGUGGGCCACCACCACGAGUCGAAUUUGAUGAUAACAACCCUUUCAGUGAAAGUUUUCAAGAACGGGAGCGGAAGGAACGUUUACGAGAACAGCAGGAAAGACAAAGAAUCCAGUUGAUGCAAGAAGUAGACAGACAGAGAGCUUUGCAGCAGAGGAUGGAAAUGGAGCAGCAUGGCCUGAUGGGCUCUGAGCUGGCCUGCAGGACAUCUGUGAACCAGGUUCCAUUCUAUGGUUCCGACCGUCCUUGCGAUUUUAUGCAGCCUCCACGACCCCUUCAGCAGUCUCCACAACACCAACAGCAGAUGGGGCAGGUUUUACAGCAGCAGAAUGUACAACACAGAUCUGUUAAUUCACCCCCCACCCAAAAUUUUACUCAAACCAAUGAACGGAGACAGGUGGUACCUCCCUCAUUUGUUCCUGAUUCACCGUCUGUUCCUAGUGGAAGCCCCAGCUUCCAUUCUGUUAAGCAGGGGCAUGGAAGUCUUUCUGGAACCACCUUGCAGCAGUCCCCAUUGAGGCCCCCAUUCACCCCUGCUUUACCAGUAACACCUCCAGUAGCAAACAGCGGCCUCCCCUGUGGCCCAGACCCUACCAUAACCCAUGGACAGAGUUAUCCGGGAUCAACUCAGUCUCUCAUUCAGUUGUACUCUGAUAUAAUCCCAGAAGAAAAAGGGAAGAAGCGCAGAACAAGGAAGAAGAAGAAAGAUGAUGAUGCAGAAUCCACCAAAGCACCAUCAACUCCUCACUCAGAUACGACUGCUCCCCCAACACCAGGCAUCUCAGAAACUGCCUCCACUCCCUCGGCAAGUACACCUGGUGAGCGUCCUCAGCAGGGAGAGGAGACAGGGCAGCCAGGUGGCCCUUCACCUGCCAGUGUGGCAGCAGCCCAGCCAUGUGCAGAGUUGGAAAACAGACUUCCCAGUAAUGAUUUCUCACAAGGAGCUCCAAAACCACAGACUUAUGCAAAUUCAGAGGUGGAUGAGCUCUCCAUAGAAACCCCUGCCAAAAGUGAAGAAGUGAAACUGGAAAAAGCUGAAUCAGAGCCAUGCCCGGGUCAAGAGGACACUAAAUUGGAGGAGCAAACUGGUAGCAAGGAAGCAGGCACUGCAGCUGGUCCUGUCUCCUUGGUGCAGAGUCCUCCCCAUUUGGCUGGAGUCCAUGUUACCAAAGGAGAGUCAGGGAAUGAACUUCUAAAACACUUGUUGAAAAAUAAAAAAUCUUCUUCCCUUUUAAGUCAGAGAUCAGAGAGCAGUUUCUGUUCAGAAGACAACAGUGCAAAGGAUAACAAACUGGUAGACACACAGAACCCAGUGGAAGGAUUGCAAACUUUGGGGGCUCAAAUGCAAGGUGAUUUUGGAUGUGGCAACAAUCAGUUGCCAAAAACAGAUGGAGGAAGUGAAAUCAAGAAACAGCGAAGCAAACGGACUCAGAGGACUGGGGAGAAGGCAGCACCUCGCUCAAAGAAAAGGAAAAAGGAUGAAGAGGAGAAGCAGACCAUGUACUCCAACUCUGACUCCUUCACCCAUCUGAAACAGCUCUCUCUGCUCCCUCUAAUGGAACCGAUCAUUGGAGUGAACUUUGCGCACUUUCUUCCUUAUGGCAGUGGCCAAUUUAAUAGUGGGAAUCGACUUCUAGGAACUUUUGGCAGUGCCACCCUUGAAGGGGUUUCGGACUACUAUUCUCAGUUGAUCUACAAGCAGAAUAAUUUAAGUAAUCCUCCAACACCCCCUGCCUCUCUUCCUCCUACACCACCUCCUAUGGCUUGUCAGAAGAUGGCAAAUGGUUUUGCAACAACUGAAGAACUUGCUGGAAAAGCUGGAGUGUUGGUGAGCCAUGAAGUUACCAAAGCUCUAGGACCGAAGCCGUUUCCACUGCCCUUCCGGCCCCAGGACGACUUGCUGGCCAGAGCUCUUGCUCAAGGCCCAAAGACAGUCGAUGUUCCAGCAUCUCUCCCAACACCACCUCACAAUAAUCAGGAAGAAUUAAGGAUACAGGAUCACUGUGGUGAUCGGGACACUCCUGAGAGCUUCGUUCCCUCGUCCUCUCCUGAGAGUGUGGUUGGAGUGGAAGUGAGCAGGUAUCCAGAUCUGUCACUGGUCAAGGAGGAGCCUCCAGAGCCAGUGCCAUCCCCCAUCAUUCCGAUUCUUCCUAGCACAACUGUGAAAAGUUCAGAAUCAAGAAGGAAUGACAUCAAAACUGAGCCAGGCACUUUAUUUUUUACAUCACCUUUUGGUUCAUCCCCAAAUGGUCCCAGAUCCGGUCUCAUAUCUGUAGCAAUUACCCUGCAUCCUACAGCUGCUGAGAACAUUAGCAGUGUUGUGGCUGCGUUUUCCGACCUUCUUCACGUCCGAAUUCCUAACAGCUAUGAGGUUAGUAAUGCUCCAGAUGUUCCAUCCAUGGGUUUGGUCAAUAGCCACAGAAUAAACCCAGGUUUGGAGUAUCGACAGCAUUUACUUCUUCGUGGGCCUCCACCAGGAUCUGCACACCCUCCCAGAUUAGCCAGCUCUUACCGGCUGAAGCAGCCUAAUGUACCAUUUCCUCCAACAAGCAAUGGUCUGUCUGGAUAUAAAGACUCUGGUCAUGGUAUUGCAGAAAGCACAGCACUCAGACCACAGUGGUGCUGUCACUGCAAAGUGGUUAUCCUUGGAAGUGGUGUGCGGAAAUCUUUCAAAGACGUGGCCUUCAUGAACAAGGAUUCUCGAGAUAGCACCAAGAGAAUGGAGAAGGACAUCGUCUUUUGUAGUAAUAAUUGCUUUAUUCUUUAUUCAUCAACUGCACAAGCAAAAAACUCGGAAAACAAGGAAUCCACUCCUUCGUUGCCACAGUCACCCACGAGAACGAUGCCAUCCAGAGUGUUUCACCAGUACAGCAACAACAUCUCCACACUGGGUGUGCACUGCCUCCCUCAGCUCCAGGAAGAAACUUCCCCCCCUCCUUCACCGCCCAUCACCUUCCCUCCAGCCUUUGAAGCAGCCAAAGUAGAAGCCAAACCCGAUGAGCUUAAGGUGACAGUCAAGCUGAAACCUCGGCUCAGGACUGUUCAUGGUGGGUUUGAAGACUGUAGGCCACUGAACAAAAAGUGGAGAGGAAUGAAAUGGAAGAAAUGGAGCAUUCAUAUUGUCAUCCCCAAGGGGACAUUUAAACCACCAUGUGAGGAUGAGAUAGAUGAGUUUCUGAAGGAAUUAGGCACUUCUCUUAAACCUGACCCUGUGCCCAGAGACUGUCGGAAGUGUUGCUUCUGCCACGGAGAAGGGGACGGGCUGACAGACGGGCCUGCGAGGCUGCUCAACCUGGACUUGGACCUGUGGGUCCACUUGAACUGUGCCCUGUGGUCCACAGAGGUCUAUGAGACGCAGGCUGGUGCCUUGAUAAAUGUGGAGCUAGCUCUGAGGAGAGGCCUACAGAUGAAAUGUGUCUUCUGUCACAAGACAGGCGCCACCAGUGGAUGUCACAGAUUUCGAUGCACCAACAUUUAUCACUUCACAUGCGCCAUUAAAGCACAAUGCAUGUUUUUUAAGGACAAAACUAUGCUUUGCCCCAUGCACAAACCAAAGGGAAUCCAUGAGCAAGAAUUAAGUUACUUUGCAGUCUUCAGGAGGGUCUACGUUCAACGCGACGAGGUGCGGCAGAUUGCCAGCAUCGUGCAGCGGGGAGAGCGGGACCACACCUUUCGUGUUGGGAGCCUCAUCUUCCACACGAUUGGUCAGCUGCUUCCCCAGCAGAUGCAGGCGUUCCACUCGGCUAAGGCUCUCUUCCCCGUGGGCUACGAGGCCAGCCGCUUGUACUGGAGCACGCGCUAUGCCAACAGGCGCUGCCGCUACCUCUGCUCCAUUGAGGAGAAGGACGGGCGCCCAGAGUUCGUCAUCAGGAUUGUGGAGCAAGGCCAUGAGGACCUCGUCCUGAGUGACACAUCACCGAAAGGUGUCUGGGAUAAGAUCUUGGAGCCUGUGGCCAGUGUGAGGAAGACGUCUGAGAUGCUCCAGCUCUUCCCUGCCUACUUGAAAGGAGAAGACCUGUUUGGCCUGACUGUCUCCGCAGUGGCACGGAUAGCAGAAUCACUACCUGGGGUUGAGGCUUGUGAAAACUACACCUUCCGCUAUGGCCGGAAUCCACUCAUGGAACUCCCCCUUGCCGUUAACCCCACAGGUUGUGCCCGUUCUGAACCUAAAAUGAGUGCCCAUGUCAAGAGGUUUGUGUUAAGGCCGCACACCCUGAACAGCACCAGCACCUCAAAGUCCUUUCAGAGCACGGUUACUGGGGAGCUGAAUGCGCCUUACAGUAAGCAGUUUGUCCACUCCAAGUCAUCGCAGUACCGGAGAAUGAAGACCGAGUGGAAAUCCAAUGUGUAUCUGGCCCGGUCUCGCAUCCAGGGCCUCGGCCUGUAUGCUGCCCGGGACAUAGAGAAGCACACCAUGGUCAUCGAGUACAUCGGGACGAUCAUUCGAAAUGAAGUGGCCAACAGGAAAGAGAAGCUGUACGAGUCCCAGAACCGCGGUGUGUACAUGUUCCGUAUGGACAGUGACCAUGUGAUCGACGCAACACUCACUGGAGGGCCUGCAAGAUACAUCAACCAUUCGUGUGCGCCUAAUUGUGUGGCCGAAGUGGUGACUUUUGAGAGAGGACACAAAAUCAUCAUCAGCUCCAAUCGGCGAAUCCAGAAAGGAGAAGAGCUCUGCUAUGACUACAAGUUUGACUUUGAAGACGACCAGCACAAGAUCCCGUGUCACUGUGGAGCGGUAAACUGCCGGAAGUGGAUGAACUGAAUGCAUUCCUUGCCAUCUCAGCGGGCGGCUUGUCCCUAGGAAGAGGCGACUCAACACACCAUUGGAAUUUUGCAGACAGAAAGAUAUUUUUGUUUUCUGUUUUUUAUGACUUUUGAAAAAUAGCUUCUGGGAUUCUGGUUUCCUCGGUCCUUGAGGUUAAGGAGGUGCAGGAGGAAGGGUGAGGGUUGAACAGAGGCACAGAUGGUCCAGCACUUUUGCUUGUUUUUCUUUUUCCUUUCUUUUCCUUCCUCUUUGUUUCCCUGUGGGUGGGUUUUGUUUUGUUUUGUUUUGUUUUUUGUUUUGUUGUGUUUCCUUAAUCUCACUAAGGAGAAACUUACUGGGGCAAAGAGCCGAUGGCCACCCUGCCCCAGGGCAGGGGCCUCCUAUGAAUGUAAGACUGCAAUCACCAGCCAGGGCGUCCAGAGUGCUGGCCACGCCCCCUGCGGCAGGCCUCUGGUCGAGUGAAGUGGACACCACUGAACAGGAAUGUACUGAGAUGACUUCCUUAGGGAUAGAGCUAAGGGAUAAUAACUUGCACUAAAUACAUUUAAAUACUUGAUUCCAUGAGUCAGUUUAUUGUAGUUUUUGAUUUCUGUAAAAUAAGAGAAACUUUUUGUAUUUAUUAUUGAAUAAGUGAAUGAAGCUAUUUUUAAAUAAAAGUUAGAAGAAAGCCAAGCUGCUGCUGUUCCCUGCAGACUAACGGACCCUGUCACUUUGUACAAACAUGUAAAUAUUUUGAGAAAAAAAAUACAGUAUAAAAAUAGUUAUUGACCAAAUGCUACCAGGCUCUGCAGCAGCUCGGUGCUUAUAAAACGUCAUAGGGAUGUCACAAUAUAAUUUUGUCUUAUUAAAUAUGCCAUUAUAAUUACGUAACAACCAAAAUUUCAACCUGGAGUGUUUGGGCUUUUUUUGAAACUGCGGUCUAUUAGUACUUGUUUUAUACACCUAACUUCUGACUGAACAGAGUGUAUGCUAUGACUACAACUUUUAUAGCGGUUUUGGUAAUUUUAACUUUUUUUCACAUUAUAUUGUUGCAUCCCUACUUCUUCAGUCAGGUUUUUUGUGCUUACGAUUUGUGAUAACUGUGAAUAACUGCUCACAAAUACAUCCAAAUGGAGGCUGGACUUUUUCUUCAGCAAAAGUAGUUUUGAUUAGAAGUUUGUUUCAGAUCACAGAGAAUCAUGUACACAUAAUAGAAUCAUGUAGCAGGAACUUAACCUAACUUUAGCUUUCUAUUUAACACAAAAAUUUGAAAAAGAAAAAAAAGAGAUGAUCAUGCUCGCAUCUGCAGGACUCCGGCAAGAGGGUUUUUCGAAGAUGUAAUUUUAAAAUGUGUUUGUAUGAACUGUUUACAUUUCUUUAAUAAAAACACACACUGUUUUGUGUUUGCUUGUAGAAACUUAAUCAGCAUUUUGACCCAGGUAGCUUCUUGCUGUGUACCUCGGGUUCUGGUACUGACACUUCACAGCGUGGAGGAUGACGUCUGUGCACAGUCGCGUGGGCUGAGCUGUGCGCGCCAGUGCUGCGGGCCUCACCUGUCAUGUAUAUGGCAUGAUGUAUUUUUAUCUUACAGAAUAAAUCAAUUGUAUAUAUUUUUCUCUUGAUAAAUAGCUGUAUGAAAUUUGUUUCUUGAAUAUUUUUCUUCUAUUGUACAAAAUUCUGACAUCCUACCAGUAUUUGUCCUACCGGGUUUUUGUUGUUUUCUGUUAUGUAUAAUAGUAUCUGAUGUUGGCAAAAAUUGAAUUUUUUGAAGUAUACAGAGUGUUAUGGGUUUUGGAAUUUGUGGACACAGAUUUAGAAGA